AUGGCCCAGCCCAAUCCCUACCUUCUGGCUUGUGACAAUCCCACCGCCCUCCUCGAACUCCUCCGCUCCAACCCCACAAUCGCAUCCGGCCAGGACGAACAUGGCUAUUCCCUACUCCACGCCGCCGCUUCCUAUGGUCAUAUUGAUCUGCUCCGGGCUCUCGUGAAGGAGUUCAAUGUUGAUGUCAACCUUGUCGACGAAGAUGGCGAAACGUGUCUGUUCGUCUGCGAGAACCCCAAGAUCGCGCAAUGCCUUGUGGAGGAACUGAAUGUGGACAUCAACAAGACCAAUGACGAAGGUCAAAGGGCAGAUGAGAAGCUGGAGGCCGACGAUGAGUUUCCUCGUGUUUUCGACUACCUCCGUCAGGCCUUGGGACUCCCUGCCUCUGUCCCGGCCGACUCUGCGCCAGGCCCUCUGAACGCGCCCGGGCCCAUUCCUGGCAACAUGCAAGUGAACAUUGGAACCAUGUCAGAGCAAGAGGCUAGUGCUGGAGAGACCGAAGUUGACCCUGAGUUCAAGCGACGCAUCGAUGAGCUCGCCGCUCGUGAGGAUUUCCACAGCGAAGCUACGCAAAACGAGUUGCGCGACCUAGUUCGUGAUGCCCUCGGUGGCACCAGUAUCGAGACUUUAGAGCGCGAGGUGCGGAGGAGGACCGACUAA